GUGUGCGCGCACACGCGCAGACACUCGGGGCCCCAGCAGGCUCCGUCCCCGCGGGAUUUCCCAACUCCUGGCCGGAGGCAGCGCCCCUGCAGCCCCCCCGCGCCCUGCCCUGACCUUUGCACAAAUCCCCCAGCGCGGCCCAGGGGAGGGUAUAAAGAGGGAGCCGGGGCUGCCCCCUCGCCACAGAGCCCGGCACAGCCAUGAAGGCGUCGCUGCUGUUCCUGCUCGCCUGCACGGCCGUCCUGGCGGUGGGAGCACGGGCCGACGCGCCCGAGGAGCAGAAGGCGCUGGUGCAGAAGGUGCAGGAGCUGGCCCAGAAAGCCUCGGCCAUGGCCAAGGACGCCUACAGCAGGGUGCGGGAGUCGGAGGCGGCGCAGCAGGCCAGGCAGUGGCUGUUGGACAACGCGGAGCUGGCGAAGCAGCGGCUGGUGUGGCUCAAGGAAAAGCUGGCGGAGCUCUGGAAGAAGACUCCGACCGCGUAGCCUCGCUGGGGGCUGCCCGGGAACUGCUGGUGCUGGGGACCCCCCGGCUCCCCCCUGCUGUCGCGGUGCUCAAUAAAGCGGGGCUGACACGAA